AUGAGUGAAGAAAUAAAAUUAUUUACUCGAGAGGAAUUGAAGUGCAGAAACUCACGUGAAGAUGCCAUUCUGAUAAUCCACAAUGGGGUUUACGACGUUACAAAGUUCUUAGAUGAGCAUCCCGGCGGAGAGGAGGUGCUCCUGGAGCUGGCCGGACGAGACGCCUCCGAGCCCUUCGAGGACGUGAGCCACAGCAGCGACGCCAGAUCUCUGAUGAAGAAGUACAAAAUCGGCGAGCUGGUGGAAGCGGACCGCACCCCCAGUAAGGCGCACGUGGCCACCUGGGACAACGAUACGCGCCAGGAGCCCGGCAAGUGUGUACUGCAGUGA